AUGGCCGGCGGGUGGAAGGCUCAGCUCAUCGUGGAGGCCUGGGAUCACGGCGACGGGGCAGCCACGAGCCUCGGCCUCGAGGCUGCUGCCAGGCACACGCGGGGGCGGCACGUGUGUGUGAUCCCAGACGAGCGGUCGGUGGCCGAGUACGUGGAGGUGAUGCGAAGAGCGGGGCUGCCGGCUGCGGAGCUGGCGGUGGUGGUUGGGGAGGCGGAGGAGGUGAUGGGGGAGAUGCAGGGGGUGGACUUCAUGGUGGUGGACUGGCGGCGGAGGGAUGCGGCGAAGGUGCUACGGGCGGCGAGGGCGGGGCCGAGGGGGAUGGUGGUGGUGAGGAAGGGCGCCGGGAGGAUGCGGAGUGGGGCGGCGGCGAUGGUGGCGGGGACGAGGCUGGUGAAGUCGGCGUUCCUGCCGAUAAGGAGGGGGCUGGAGGUGCUGCAUCUUGGCGUGGGGAAGGGGCCGAGCUUGGGCAGUGGUUGUGGCCGAUGGAUAAAAUAUAUGGAUCGCGACACCGGCGAGGAGCAUGUGUUCCGGCGUUGA